AUGCAUAGCAGUGCGCAUACUGCUAUGGCAGCAGAUUUGAGAAAUGGCCCGCUUCAUGUAUUCGGAGUACAUGAAAACUGCAAGGAUUAUUACUCCAAUAUCAAUAAAACAUUGACAGAUGAAAGUGAAAGGAAGGAAGAAAAUCUCGUAGAAAGUCUGAAAAAUAAUGCUCCAGAGGUGUGGGCUCUGAUUUAUGCAGCCAAUGAAAAAAUUGCUUUGAAGGCAGGUCGUUUGUCUAAUGAGACAACAAAUGUGGCAGAAAACUUCAUGAGUGUAGUAAACAAAUUCAACUGUGGAAAACGAAUUAGUUUUGGAAAAGGGGGUUCUUACCAGCGACGUAUUCAUGUGGCCGGUAAAUAUAGAGUAAUAGUCAGUCAGAAAUUAUUAGAGCCACAGAAGGAACAAAGCAGAAUACGAUUGCAAUCUUCGACACGCAAACGAUUAUUUGCUCCAAGAGAGAAAACCCAACCGGAUAAGCACUAUGGACCUGAAGCUUGUGAUCCUAUUGAUAUUGACGAAGCACAGUUGAAAGUACGGUGUGAAGAAAGGCUAGCAGAAUUCCAAAAGUCACCAGAAAACAUUGCUUUGAUUGAAACGUCCACUGUAGGACAGCAUGAAAAUGAUUUAUAUACUACUCAUAGGAGUGACCGUUUGACUGCUAGUCAUUUUGGAAUGGUUUGCAAACGCCGUAUCACCACCCCAUGUCACAAUCAUGUAAAGGAUAUUCUGUAUAAAAAGAAUGUUUGCACAAAAGACAUGUUAUAUGGGCAGCAAUAUGAAAAUGUAGCAAAAAGUAUGUUCAUGCAACAAUAUAAUAAAAUUGUGAGGCCUUCAGGCCUUUUUAUUGAUGAAGAAUUUGGAUUUUUAGCUGGCAGUCCAGAUGGUGUAAUUGAAAAUGAGAGAGCUGUUGUUGAAAUCAAGUGCUUUCCAUCAUUGGCCAGAACAAAUCAAAGCCUAGAGGCAGCUGCACUAGAAAAGAAGAACUUUGCUCUAAAACUGGAUAAUAAUGUUUUAGUCAUGAAUAAAAAGCAUGAUUAUUACUAUCAAGUCCAAGGACAAAUGCGUGUUAGCAAAAUGGAUAAGUGCUACUUCAUAUGUUUCAUUUCAGUCACUAAGUCUUUGACUGUUAUAGAAGUUUGUCGAGAUAAUGAAUUUAUCAGUAAUAUGAUACCAAAAUUAUCAGACUUUUUUAAAAACUGUAUUCUACCUGAAAUAAUAUUGAGACGUGUUCCAAAAAAUGCGAAAUGUAUAGAUUUGAAUGUGAAAAAUCCUCCUGCAACAUCAACAUUAGUUGGAAGUUCAUGCAAAGAAUAG